AUGUCAGAAUAUUGGAAAUCGACGCCAAAAUACUGGUGCAAGCACUGCAAAACCUAUAUCCGGGAUACGAAGCUCGAGAAGACAAACCAUGAAGCUACUCCUAAGCAUCAAGGCAACCUCAAGCGCUUCCUGCGAGACCUGCACCGAGGUCACGAAAAAGAUGAGAAAGACAAGGAAAGAGCGAAGUCCGAAGUUGCCCGACUGAACGGCUUAGUAGCAGGCGGAGGAUUAGGCGCAGCUUCAAGCUCGUCAAGCUCGGGACUUGGAAGAGGACCGACGCCAUCGAUACCUAAACCACAACUAACGCCGGCACAAAGGAAGCAGCAACUAACGCAGCUAGCAGAGAUGGGUAUUAGCAUACCGGAUGAAUUUAGACCGGAUAUGGCAAUGGCUGGAGAGUGGCAGGUCACUUCAGAACGUAUUAUUGACUCCGAAGAUUCAGAGAAGAAGCCCGAGGCUCUUGCUUUGGGAGUACGGAAGAGGGUACUUGAUGAGGAUGAACUGGAAGCAGCUGAAGCUAAGAAGAGGAGAUGGGGCUCGACAUAUAAAUCACACCCGACCGAGGAGGACAAUGAGUAUCUGGAUGCGCUUCUGGGCAACGUGACGAGGAAAGGGAAGCUACAUGCCAUGAAGACCGAAGCCCAGGAGGAAGUGAAGGAAAGGAUCAAGGGAGAACCAGAAGUUGACGAUCAAAGCGCCAUUUCGCAGGGCCUGGAGGAGCCAAAAUCUGCCGGCAUCAAGAGAGAACCAUCAGAUGGAGAUGUACCUCCUAUUAUUCCGCCUUUGGACUCGGGACUCAAGCCGGAAGGAGAGGAGCGAGCCAUCCCUGGGGUCGUUUUCAAGAAGCGGAAAGCGAAGAAUAUUCGCCAGAAAUGA